AUGUCUUCGCCUCCCCCAACGCAGCCCGUUGACGAGAACUCUCCCCUUGAGGACGGACAAAGAAGCCCUUCUGACUCUCAGGACGCCGCUGCCAUGUCCAAUUCACAGAGACGCCCUUACGCCGCCAGCAAGACACCAGAGCCUCAUGGAGAUCAGCAGGCAGCGAACUCGGAUCCUCCAGAUACCCCCGGCGUUCUCGAGCCCUUUGACUGGGAUGAGUUUGAGGCGCGUUAUGAGAGCGCCUUGCGCGACGCCGACGAGCACGAGGGCGAAAUCUUGAAAGAGGCCGAGGCCCUUUCCAAGUACUUCAAAGUUUGGGCUGCUGCAGCUUCGGCUCAUGAUGAUGAGCGUGCCGCCAAGCGUCUCCAAACGCGAAGACGCUUUGUGAAUCUAUCAGAAGACAGGAUGGAGCGGAAGCAGGAACACUAUGAUCAGGUUGUGCGCGCCUUUGAAAAUGCCUUGGCUCUCCUCAAAUCGCAGUAG